AUGAUUGAAAAAUGGAAUACAUCAUUGUCAUUUUCUGAUUAUUAUGAAGCAUGUGCACCAACUUAUUGUACUUAUACUCAAAUAAAACAUGCAACAAGUUUCACCGAAUUAUUAGUGACACUGAUUUCGACGAUUGGUGGUCUUGUUAUUGUAUUACGACUAAUUACAUUCCAAUUCGUUAAAAUUGUUUUUAGUUUAUUACGAACAAAAACGAAUCAACGUCAACAAGUUCGUCGAAAAUUACUUGAUCGAUUCAACAUGUUAUUGUCUAAACUGAAAACAUUUUUAUCUAUAAAAGUGUUGAAUUUAAAUAUAUUUCCUGCACGAAUAUUCGGAAGUAAGAUCGACCGAUUAACGGUGAAACAUCUUGGUCAAUGGUCAACUCGUCUUUAUCUUACUCUUUUAAGCAUCAUUUUUGUCAUUUUAACUCUUUAUACAAUUAUUCAACCACAAACAUUGACCAAAUCCUGUUCAACACCAUCAUUAAAUGUCGAUAAGAAUCUAAUGAAGGAUUAUAGUGAUGAACUUGAAUAUCCAUGUUCAAUGAUUUCAUCUCCAUAUGAUGAAUAUGUUCAAAUUCAACCAAUAUUUCAUCAGAUUUGUUCAAGUGAUUUGAUUUCAAAUGAAUGGAGAUUAAAUAUCACAGCAAAUUUAGUUUCUAAUUUAUCUGCUUAUAAUCAAAAAGAUUAUCGUCUAUUUCUCUCGACCCAUUUACAAUUUUUAAAUGGAUUAUGCCAACUCUCCAUGCAAACAGUACAUCAAUCUAUUCAACAAUCUUUAUCUUCAUUAAUGAUUACUAAACAAUUAUUAUCAGAAGAGAACCUUAAUUUACAUAUUGAUUCAAUGAUUAAUGAAGCAAAAUCCAAUGCUCCUUCAAAGCUCAUUCGUCUACUUUCGUUACUUCGAGCUACAAAUCAUGGCAAUGCAAUUGUCUCAUCGUAUGGAACUAAUUAUCAAUACAAAGCUUCUGUUUAUAAUACAUUUUCGACCACUUUAUAUACUCAAGCAAUGAUCUAUGAUAAUAACUGUUCAUGUCAAUUGAAUUCUACUUGUAUUACCGAUGCUUCUUUUAUCAAGACAAAUUCAACACAACCUAUAACAAUUAAAGGUUUGAAAAUGGGCUGUACACCGAGUGAAUCAUUGCUGGCAUCAACUCUCGAAUGUUUUUAUGAUCAAUCAUGUAUUAAUCUUAUUCAAACAAUGACAGGAUACAAUAAAAAUAUCACUCCAAUUCCUCUCAACAUAACUAAUAGUCGAUUUCUAAUGAAUAUGACUGUGAUAAAUCUUAUCAACGAUCUAUUUAUUGAAAAAUGGUCAACAAUAAUGAAUUAUUCAUCAUAUUUUAAUCGAUGUUCACCAAUGAUCUGUUCAUAUACAUAUAUUCAACAACUGAAUACUUUCUAUACACUAAUUUAUUUACUUGGUUUAUAUGGUGGUUUAACAAUCAUUCUCAAAUGGAUCUCUCCGAAAAUUUUUUAUUUUAUAAACAAAAUUUAUCAACGUCGAAAGAAAACAAUUAGCCCGAUUGAACCAAUAUCUACUAUUGAAGGUGCAGCUAUCGAAAUAAUGGACGCAAAUAAUAUCAACAAUACCACUGCGCCUUCACAAUCGAAAAAUUUAUUUUCGAUAUCACCAAGUUAUUGGAUCAUCGAUUUAACAGUGUUUAUACUUGUGACAAUAGGCAUUCUUAUUUCAUUUAUUUAUGUUCGUCAAGAAAGAAAGAAUCAUUCUACAUCAACAGAAUCACCUACCAUAUCAACUUCAACAACAACAACGUCAGAACCAAAACUCAACAAAUGGAAACAAGAUGGCAUCACUGUGGCUGGUGGAAAUGGAGAAGGACAAGAAUUAAAUCAAGUCAGUUAUCCUCCUCAAACCUUUAUUGAUAAAAAGAAAAAUAUUUUUAUUGUUGAUCGUGACAAUCAUCGUAUUAUUGAAUGGAAAUAUAAUGCAAAGGAAGGACAAAUCAUUGCAGGUGGAAAUGGGUACGGAGAUCAAAUAGAUCAAUUAUAUGAUCCAACAGAUGUGAUUGUUGAUCAACAAGAUCAUUCUAUCAUCAUUGCUGAUUGUGGGAAUGAACGAGUGAUUCAAUGGAUGAAUCAAAACCAACAGAUUCUCAUCAAAAAUAUUUACUGUUAUGGCUUGACAAUGGAUAAAAAUGGAUUUCUUUAUGUUUCUGAUUGGCUUAAGAAUGUAGUGAGACGAUGGAAAAUGGGCGAAUAUAACAAUGAAGGAAUUAUAGUAGCAGGCGGAAAUGGAAAAGGAAAUCAACUCAAUCAAAUCAGUUAUCCUCGUUUUAUCUUUGUUGAUGAAGAUCAAUCUGUUUAUGUAUCAGAUGAGGACUACAAUCGUGUGAUGAAGUGGAGAAAAGAUGCAAAAGAAGGAACAAUUGUGGCUGGAGGAAAUGGUCUAGGAGGAAAUCUCAAUCAAUUGGCUUCACCUCGAGGAGUAAUUGUUGAUAACUUGGGUCAAAUCUAUGUAGCAGAUUGUUGGAAUCAUCGAAUAAUGCGUUGGUGUGAUGGUAAAGAAGAAGGUGAAAUUGUUGUUGGUGGAAAUGGUCAAGGAAAUCAACCAAAUCAAUUAUAUCAUCCUUUUGGUAUAUCCUUUGAUGACGAAAGAAACCUUUACGUUGCUGAUCUGAGAAAUCAUCGAAUUCAAAAAUUUGAAAUAAUAUUGUAA